AUGUGGCCGUGGAGGGAGGAAGACUGUGCGUGGCUUCAUCAGGGCAGACCGUCGAGGAAAACUCCUCUUUACAGAAGCUCUGAAUCAGAUCAGGUUUGCCAGGACAGCCCAAGCAAGUUCCUGCGACUGGAGUUCUUGCAGCUUUAAACAGUUUCUUAACAGGCUGUAUCUUCUUGCUUUGUGCAGCCGUGUAGGAGUGUGAUUUAGGAAUGUGUCUUUUUUGAAGUUAUGGCUGUUGAUCACUUUAUUGGCUUAUCAACUCCUUGGCCUCCUUUCAGAGAGGCACUGAUAGGCUGUUAUUCAUGAAAAUCUCCUCCAAAAGAUCCCUUCUACAUAAAAAUAUCAUUUUUUAGCUUUGAUUAUGCGCAUAUAAUCAAAACUAUAAUCAAGUUUAGUUCCAAAAAUGCCUGACUGUAAUACUGUGAAGUUAAUAAAGACAUCGGUUAACCCACCUUUAUCAGGGAUUAGAGUUGAAACAAUACUCUGUAUCCCAGCUCUAACUCAGUGUUUAUGUUAAUCAGGGAAAAAAGUCUAAAGCCCAGAACAUUUUCCUCCUCAAGGGAAGGUAAUGACUCUGAAAUGCACAAAGAACUAUGGGAAUGUGUUCUGAUCCUUCUGGGCUCUGGCAGGAGGAUCUGAAAAGAAGGAAUAGAGAAUGUCGUUGUGUAUUUGAUCUCCUGCCUAAAAGAGGCAAAAGCGUUGUACAGUCAGGACUGAAGAGUGAGUGGCAUGAGGAGUAGGCAAACUUCCAAACACGACUGUGACUCAAUGCUUUGCCUCUUAACUGCAGCGCUAGCGGCAAAUGACAUCAAUGUUCUCGCUGUGAUUGGACGAGCAGAAUCGCCCACACACAAACGCUGGUCCAGUGGCAUCACAGGGUACGAGAGCUGAACGGCCUGAUCAUUAGCAAAAUUCUCCAAUGAACAUGAAUAUUCUCACUGAAGAUGCCAACAAGCGUGAAUAGAUCAAUAGCGCUAUGUUCAUGUCUAAUGGAGUUUGUGGUGUUGGUGUGGAUGGGAUCUAAAGUCUAUGUGUACAGGACCAGAGUUUCUGAGGUUUGCCUGUGUGGGAGUAUGUGGGGAUGUGUUUUUGUGUGUGUUUGUAGGCUUAUUUGGCACACUGCAGAAGGCAGACGUGUUGACCUUUUGAGCUCUUCUGAGUUUGAGAAAUGACGUGUACCCAGUGGAAGGAAGUGACCCCUCACCAGCUCUGACUCAGACAGCCAUGCUGUCCAGUGCUGCCACAUCUCCCAUCUCACACUGCAAAAGAGCAAAUCCUACCUACCACACCAUUAGCAGUGCAGGCGCAAGUCCGCUUUGGUUGUAUGAUCCAGAGAGUUCGGGUUUCAUCAGUACAGAGAGAUUCCGGGACCUCCUGGAGUCACACGGAUCAGAACUGGACCCGCAUAAGCUGGAGGUCCUGCUCGCGCUCGCAGAUGGGAACGCCGAUGGCAAAAUCUGCUACCAGAACUUCGUCAACCUGCUGGGCAGCAAGCGCUCUAACAGCUUCCGGCGGGCGAUCCUUCAGGGUGGGCGCCAGCUGAAGAGCUCCUCCCUCAGGGAGGAGGUGGGCCUGGGCUUGUCCCAGAGGCUCAUCCGACACGUGGCCUAUGAGACGCUGCCCAGAGAGGUGGACCGCAGGUGGUACUUCGAUAGCUACGCCUACUGCCCCCCACCGUGGCUCAUCCUGGCUAUCACCAUCACGGAGAUGGUGGUGUUCAUGUAUUACGGGCUACAGCUUGAUCGCUGGGUGCUGCAGGUCUCGUCGCCAUCGUUCCUGAAGAGCCCCCUGCCGUACCAUCCCCAGCGCCGGGCUCAGGCGUGGCGCUACCUCAGCUACAUCUUCAUGCAUGCCGGGAUCGAGCACCUGGGUCUGAACAUGGCCAUGCAGCUGCUGGUGGGCGUGCCCCUGGAGAUGGUCCACGGAGCAGCCAGAAUCGGCCUUGUCUACCUGUGCGGAGUUCUGGCAGGUUCCCUGGCUGUGUCCGUGGCAGACAUGACGGCACCUGUCAUCGGCUCAUCGGGAGGGGUCUACGCUCUGGUCUCUGCCCACCUGGCCAACGUCGUCAUGAACUGGUCUGGGAUGAAAUGCCAGUUUAAGCUCUUCCGCAUGGCCAUGGCUCUGGUCUGCAUGAGUGUGGAAUUUGGUCGUGCAGUGUGGCUGCGGUUUUACCCGCCAGCCUUCCCCCCCUGUCCCAACCCCAGCUUCGUGGCCCAUCUAGGGGGCGUGGCGGUGGGCCUGACCCUGGGCGUGGUGGUGCUCCAGAACUAUGAGCAGCGCCUGCACGAGCAGUCUCUAUUCUGGAUCUUCUUCUCCGUCUACGCCCUCUUUGUCUUGUGCGGAAUCUUCUGGAACAUCUUUGCUUACAGUCUACUGGACAUCAAGCUACCUCCAGCGCCAUGAGACAGAAAGAGGGAGACUGGCUGUUGCGGUGUGUGUACGUAUGUGUGUGUGUGUGUG